ACUAUUUGGCUUUUGGGUGGAUGGUAACGCACAGACCUCAGCCGUGCAUGGACAUCUCCAAGCGUAAAGCUCAUAACAGUUUUAGCAACGGAACAUAACAUAACAGGAGGAUGGCUUACUUUGACAGCAGCUGCCACUGCAGCAGCGAAAGGCGACAGAACAGCAUCUUGUACAGCAUUUUAAAGAACGACAGCCAGUCUGCGCAACUUGGGAACCAGCCGAGGACUCCGAGGCUCGCCUUAUCCAUGCGCGCCUGUGCGUGCGGCUCCAAGAGGAAGGUGUCUCUGCGCUCCCCUCAGACUACAUGCAAAGCCGCCUCCGCGGUCCUGGUCAAGACCCUGAAGUUCGUCAAAAACGUCCCGUGUUUCCGGGAGCUGCCGGUGGAUGACCAGCACACGCUGGUGCGGAGCAGCUGGGCGCCGCUGCUGGUGCUCGGCAUGGCGCAGGACAGGAUCGACUUCGAGACUUCAGAGACGCAAGAGCCCAGCAUGUUGCAGCGGAUAUUAACGAGCGGACAGGACAAGCAGGACAACCAGAGUAAUAACGGUGGAGUGGCAUUGACCGACGUUCAGGGUAUUAAAAUGUUUCUGAGGAAAUGCUGGGGACUGGACAUAAGCACUAAGGAGUACGCGUACUUAAAAGGGGCAAUUCUGUUCAACCCAGAUAUUGCCGGGCUGCAGUGUCAACAUUACAUCCAGGCCCUGCAGAGCGAGGCGAACCAGGCACUUAAUGAAUAUGUCAAAAUGAUUCACCGCGGGGACAGUGCAAGAUUCGCCAAACUCUUCCUCGCCCUCUCCAUGCUAAGAUCCAUCAACGCCAAUGUGGUAGCUGGUCUCUUCUUCAAACCGGUCAUUGGAGCUGUCAACAUGGAGGAACUUCUCCUGGAGAUGUUUUAUGGAAAAUAAACUCUAAUGCGAAUGCCCGGACAGAAUUAUCAGACUUGGAAAGAGUGGCAGUCAGCAGUUGGACGGACAGAUUUUGAAAAAGACUGAUUCCUUUUUACACAUGCUAUUUUUGUACGAUAUAUAAGAGCUCUCUUUUUGCCUUCUGAGUUGAACUCAUCGCUGAAUCCAAAGUUGAUGACAAUGUUUUUUCCAUUUGGGGAAAGCUUUAUAACUUUGUUCUGAUUGUGCAGUUUUGUUCGUUUGUUUACUUGCUUUUCUGUGAUGUUGUGCAGCCUUCUGAUUCUCUGUGACACUUUGUAAUAACUUUCAUUUUCAUUUUUCAUGUACUAUAUACAUUGAAAUAUAAUUAUAUUAGAUUUAAAUAUAAUAUAUUACAUUUGAUAAAAAUAAUCUCUGUUUCAUAACAUCUAUUUGAAUACAAAUUAACGUUUAUUUGUUUGUUUUGUUUUUUGCAUUUUAUAAUGUAAUAUUUUUGGUUAGUAUUGUUAAUGAAAGUUAUUAUAAAGUGUAAACUUAUAUUUGAAUAUUAGAAAGUAUUGUACAUUUUUGUUAUGCAAUGACAUAAUGGAACAGUUACACUCCUUCACAUUUCUCACAACAUGAUUGACAGAAAGCCUACGUAUUUUUUGCAUUACAGUAACAGUACAAUUUAAAAAAUCAUGUCAAAAUGAUGACAAACCUAAGCACAAAUACAAAAGUUAUGAAAAUAAAAAAAAUAAUUAGGAAAUAA